AUGCCCGAACUUCCCGAAGUUCAUCGGGCAGAAAGAGCAUGCCACGAGUUGUUGGUUGGGAAAAAGAUCAUUGAUGUAGAAACUAAAGAAGAUUUGUUGGUGUUUUGUGGAAUGCCGCACGAGAAAUUUGCAGAACAUUUGUUGAACAAGACUGUCACAGAGACAGGGAGACGCGGGAAAUAUUUCUAUUUCCUAUUUGACGAGGGUCCACAUCCAGUAUUCCAUUUUGGAAUGACGGGUGACAUAAAGUUCAAAGGUCACCAAAGUUUCCAUUAUCGUCGCAGGAGACCUUCCUCUUCUAUACUAUCUCAUCCGCCUCUCUCUGAUCUCGGAUUCGACCCUCUUCAAGAUAUACCUUCACUAGCUGCUUUUUCUGCUCAAGUAUCAAGUCGUAAAUGUCCUAUCAAAGCGCUGCUCUUGGAUCAAUCAUUCUCUGCUGGCGUGGGCAAUUGGGUUGCCGAUGAGGUGCUGUAUCAAGCGAGAGUUCAUCCGAACCAACGAGCGAAUACGUUGAACAAAGAACAAAUAAGGAUGAUACGAGAGAAAAUGGUAUGGGUGUGUGAAAAAGCUGUCGAAGUGAAUGCAAACCCAGACGAAUUUCCCAAAGAUUGGCUUUUUCAUGUACGAUGGUCCAAGUCAAAAAAGAACAAGGUUAAAAUGUCUGAUGGAAAUGAGGUUAUUUUCCUCAAUGUCGGAGGACGGACGACCGCUGUUGUACCUGCGAUACAAAAGAUAAAAGGGGAUGUGGGCAGUUUUGUCAAGGAAAUUAAGGACGAUACUGAUAAUAACAGCAAAGUAGAAGAUGAUGAUAUAGUCGUUGUUGAGGAGACGAAACAAAACAAACGAGCUGUCAAGAGGAAAACGACCAAAGGCGAUGAAUUCGGGAGGGGAAAGGUUAGUUUGGCUAUUUGGAAAGUUGGCGUGCUCUCCGGGUUAUUUUUAAGUAUAAAUAACGCUCAAUACCUUAAUUCCCCAUGCAAGCGAGCGCGCGCGCGUUCCUAA